UAUACCUCAAUAUAUUAUUUGAAAAAUUAAAUGUAUAAAGUUAUCUCAAUCAUUGCAAAAAAUGUUUUGAUGUUCUACAUCAUGUAUAGUUCAUUUUUGUAAUGCAAUUUUAAAAGGCCGUUAACCAAACCAAAGUUGAUGCAAUAUUUUUAAAAUUGCAUCGUAACAAAACCAGUCUACGAUGUUCAGCUGAAAAAAGAAACCGAAAUAAAAUUAAGAAUUUAUUUAAGAAUUACAUAUACUAUGAAAUGUUUUAGGCAGUGGAUAAGAAGGGAUAAUUGCUUACUGUGAAGAAUGACGUGGUACUGCAAUGCGAUCAAGUCGUGGGAAAAAUUUAAACGGUUUUGAAAUGCUCUGGAUUUGUUAUUAAUCGAUUCAUAAAUAUAUUACAAGAUGUGGGUGUUCGGAUACGGUUCUUUAGUCUGGAAGGUAGAUUUUCCAUAUGAGAAAAAAUUGACAGGUUACAUCAAAGGUUAUAAUAGAAGAUUUUACCAACACAGUAUAGACCACAGGGGAAUACCACAAAAACCCGGCAGAGUAGUCACUCUACUAUUAUCAAAAAACAGUAAUGAUAAAGUGUGGGGUGUCGCAUAUAAAAUAAAAGACUGUGAUGUAGAAAAAGUAACUAAGCAUUUGGAUCAUCGGGAAAAAAAUGGUUAUAUUCGCUCCACUGUUAAAUUUUAUCCAAAGGAAAAUAGUCAAGAUAACAGUAAACCAUUUGAACUAUAUAUUUAUGUAGCAACACCUGAAAAUGAGUCUUUUGCUGGUGAAGCGAGCAUUGAAGACAUUGCACAACAGAUAUUUACAGCUUAUGGACCCAGUGGAAGCAAUAAAGAAUAUAUUUAUAAUUUAGCAAAUGCAAUGAGAGACAUUGGACCUGAGGCAUAUGAUGAACAUUUAUGUGCUCUAGAAAAGGCUGUCAGAAGAUUAGAGUAUGGUGCAUAAUGUAAUAUAUUUAUUAUAUUCCAAAAUUUAAAA